CCUGGCGGCUAUGCGUUACAGGUACAGCAGCGCACCAACAUGACGCAACGCGAGGGCAUCCACAAGUUCGAGAAUGAGCGCAUCAAGACGCUCCAGGAGGAGCGCCUGCACAUCCAGAAGAAAACGUUUACAAAAUGGAUGAACUCAUUCCUGGUCAAGGCCAAGAUGGAGGUCGACGACCUUUUCAUCGACCUCGCGGACGGUAUCAAGCUGCUGAAGCUGCUGGAAAUCAUCUCCGGGGAGAAGCUGGGCAAACCCAACAGUGGCCGCAUGCGUGUACAUAAAAUAGAGAACGUGAACAAAAGUUUGGCCUUUCUGCACACGAAGGUUCGCCUGGAAUCGAUCGGUGCGGAAGACAUCGUCGACCAUAAUCCCCGCCUCAUUCUUGGCCUGAUUUGGACCAUCAUUCUGCGCUUCCAGAUUCAGGAGAUCGAAAUCGAUGUGGACGAGGAAAAUGAUUCGUCGGAGAAGAAAUCCGCCAAAGACGCGCUGCUGCUGUGGUGCCAGCGAAAGACGCACGGGUACCAGCACGUGCACAUUUCCGACUUCACCAACUCGUGGCGCUCGGGGCUCGGGUUCAACGCGCUGAUCCACUCGCACCGGCCGGACCUGUUCGACUACGGCAGCCUGAUGCCGGGGCGGAACAUCGAGAACCUGAACCACGCGUUCGAGGUGGCGGAACGGGAGCUGGGCAUUCCGCAGCUGCUGGACGCAGAGGACAUCGAUACGGCGCGCCCAGACGAGAAGUCCAUCCUGACGUACGUCGCGUCGUACUACCACACGUUCGCGCGGAUGAAGAGCGAGCAGAAGGGUGGCAAGCGGAUCGCGAACAUCGUCAACAAGCUGAUGGACGCGGACAAGAAGAAGAUGCAGUUCGAGCACCUGAUCACCGACCUGCUGAGCUGGAUCCGGGCGAAGACGCUCGCGCUGGAGAAGCGCCACUUCCCGAACUCGGUCGAGGGCAUCCAGGGCGAGCUGCUGGCGUUCAAGGAGUACCGCACAGUCGAGAAGCCGCCCAAGUACAAGGAGCGCAGCGAGAUCGAGGCGCUCUACUUCCACGUCAACACGCUGCUCAAGUCGCUGAACCAGCCCCACUACACGCCCCAGGACGGCAAGAUGAUCAACGACAUCGAGAAGGCCUGGCAGCGGCUGGAGAACGCCGAACACAACCGGGAGGUGGCGCUGCGCGAGGAGCUGCUGCGGCAGGAGAAGCUCGAGCAGCUGAACUUCAAGUUCGAGAAGAAGUCGGUCCUGCGCGAGGGCUACCUGAACGAGAUGAUCCAGGUGCUGAACGAUCCGCGGUACGGGCCGGCGCUGCGGCAAGUCGACGCGACGGUCAAGAAGCACGAGGCGAUCUCGGCCGACAUUCUGGCGCGCGCCGAUCGGUUCAACGAUCUGACCGACAUGUGUACGGAGCUGGCCGGCGAGAACUACCACGGCAAGGAGCGGGUCAAGAAGCGCGAGACGGAGGUCAUCACGAAGUGGAAGGAGCUGCUCGAGCUGCUCGAGAACCACAAGCAGAAGCUGGGCCAGAUGAGCUCGCUGAUGAACUUGCUUCGCGAAAUCGAUGCCACGCUGACCACAAUCCGGGCGCUACAGGGACAGUUCGCCUCGGAGGACGUGGGCCCGCACCUGCUCGGGGUGGAGGAACUGCUGCAGGCGCACUCGCUGUUGGAACUGCAGGUCACCACGCUGGGGGAAACGCAGCGGCGAUACGUGCGCCAGGGUGAGGCGUUCAAACGGGGCGACUACAAGGACACGAGCCUGCUCGAUGCGAAGCUGGCCGAGCUGGCCAAGCAAUACCAGGAGCUGCAGACGAUGAGCGACGGUCGGCGGGCCCGGCUGGACGAGGCGCGCGACUUCUACCAGUUCGUGGAGGACCACGAGAACGAGGAGGGCUGGCUGGUGGACAAGCAGCGCAUCUGCAAGGCGGGCAUCACGGCCAAGGACCUGCGGGCGGUAAUGUCGCUGCAACAGAAGCACAAGGCGCUCGAGGACGAGAUGAAAGUACGCAAACCAAAGUCCAGCCAGAUCACGGAGGCGGGCCGCAAGCUGAUCGGUGACGGCCACUCGCGGUCACCGGAGGUGCAGGGCAAGAUCGAGUCGCUGCAGGAACACUGGACGGCGCUGGAGGACCUGGUGGAACUGCGCAAGCGCCAGCUGGAGGACGCGGCCGAAGCGUACCAGUACUAUGCCGACGCGAACGAGGCCGACUCGUGGUUGAACGAAAAGAUGGCGUUGGUUGCAUCGGACGACUUCGGCGUCGACGAACCGUCCGCCCAGGCGCUGCUGCAGCGGCACCGCGAUCUGCAGGGCGAACUGAACGCGUACUCCGGCGACAUUCUGAACCUCAACCAGCAGGCCGAGAAGCUGAUCCGGGCGGGCAUCUGCACGCUCGAGCUGUCGGCCGCCGAACCGGAACCGGUGCCGGAGACAGAGCAGGAGGAGUGGGUCAACGAGACGCGCCUGGUGCCGAAGGAGGUGUGGGAGGAGGAACCGGUGGAGCGGCUCGAGCACCGCACCGUCACGGAGAGCAAGCUGCUGCCGCACGUGCAAGCCCUGUACCGCUUCGAGGGCCAAAACAUGAAGGUGGCCAAGGGCGACAUGAUGAUCCUGCAGAACAAAAACAACGCCGACUGGUGGAACGUGCGGAAGCUAGACGGCCAGGAGGGAUUCGUGCCGGCGAACUACGUGAAGGAGAUCGAACCCCGGCCGGUGCCGUGCCUGGUGCGCAAGGCGGAAAAGGUGAAGGCCUUGCAGAAGGUCAAGAAGACGAUCCUGGUGAAGGAGGUCAUCCAGGUGAAGCGCGUCCGGCCGGCAAAGGUGAGCCAGAUGAAGCCGCUGGUGAAGCGGCGCACCAAGGGCGAAGCGGCCGACGGCGGUGGUGGGCUGGACAGUAACGACAGUGUCGAUAAGCGCCAGAAGCAUAUCAACGGCACGUACGAUCAGCUGCAGGAUCUGGCCGAGCGUCGUCGGGCACUGCUCGAGGACUCGAUCUGUCUGUUCCGGUUCUACCGGGAGUGUGACGAUUUCGAGAAGUGGAUCAAGGACAAAGAGAAGAUGCUGCGCACCGAGGACCCGAAGGGAAGCGUCGAGACGGCCAAGCGGCAGUUCGAAACGUUCGUGAACGAUCUGUCCGCGUCGUCCAAGCGUGUCGAGGCCAUCGAUUCGGACGUGGAGGACUUUGUGCGCCAGGGUCACUCGCAGCUCGACAAGGUGAAGGCCCGCCAGCGCCAAAUACACCAGAUGUGGGAGCACCUGAACUACCUGAAGGGCCAGAAGGAAAAGAACCUCGAGGGCGCCUCCAGUGUGGAGCUGUUCUACCGGACGUGCGAGGAGGCGAUCGAUUGGAUGAACGAGAAAAUUACGCAGCUCGACACGGCCGAGGUGGGCCCGGAUCUGAAGACGGUGCAAGCGCUGCAGCGACGCCACGAAAACCUCGAGCGCGAGCUGGCGCCCGUGAAGGAGAAGGUGAGUCGCGUCAACCUGCUCGGCAACACGGUGAAGAACUCGUACCCUUCCGAGCGCGAAAACGUCAGCGAGAAGCAGCGCGACAUACAGGACCUGUGGAAAAAGGUACAGGAGAAGGCUAAGGAGCGCCGAUCGCGGCUCGAGAACGCGGUCGGGCAGCAGAUCUUCAACAGCAGCACCCGGGCGCUGCUGAACUGGAUCGCCGAAAGUAGCAACCAGCUGAACGCCGAAGAGACGGCCCGUGACGUCGAGACGGCCGAAAAGUUGCUGAAGAAACACAAGGACCUGGGCGACGACAUUCGGGCACACGAGGACGAGUUCUCGCAGCUGGCCACACUCGGGCAGCAGAUGCUGGAGCGUAAUCCGGCCCUCUCGGAAGACCCGGAGAUUGCGAACAAACUGGCCAAGCUGGAGUCCGAGCGGCAGCGGCUGAACGGGGCCUGGUUGGCGAAGGAGAAGAAGCUGCAGCAGUGCAUCGAACUGCAGAUCUUCAACCGCGAGGCGGACAAAAUCGAUGCGACCACCAAGAGUCACGAGGCGUACCUGGAGUACGCCGACCUCGGUGGCUCGCUGGAUGACGUCGAGGCCAUCAUGAAGCGCCACGUGGACUUUGAAAACUCGCUCGGGGCGCAAGAUAAGAUUCUGAAGAACUUCUCCGACGGGGCCGACAAGCUGAUCCGCAACAAGCACUACGACGCGCCGUACAUCGACGAACGGCGGGCGCAGGUGUUGGCUCGUCGCGAGCGGGUCAAGGGGCUGGCGCAGAAACGUCGCAAUGCUCUGCAGGCGUCGAAGGACUUUCAAAAGUUCUCGGCCGAUGUGGACGACCUCGGCAUGUGGUUGGCUGACAAGACGAAGAUUGCGGGCGACGAGAGCUACAAGGACCUCACCAACCUGCCCCGCAAGCUGCAGAAACACAAGGCGUUCGAGCGGGAACUGCGCGCCAACGAGGGCCAACUGCGGCUGGUCAAUAAGGAUGGUGAAUCACUGAUCAAGACCAACAACCGGGCGCCCGAGGUGAGCGCCAUGCUGGCGGCCACCAACCAGAAGUGGAAGGACCUGGUGGCCAUGUCGCUGGAGAAGGGCCGCCGGCUGGAGCAGGCAGCGUUACAGCGAGAGCACAACCGCUACAUCGAGGACUCGAAGAGCAAGUUCGACGAGCUGGAUCACGCCCUACAGAGCAAGCAGGUCGGGAGCGAUCUGCGCAGCUGCAAGGACCUGAUGAACAAGCACCAGGUGCUGGAGAAUGAUAUCGCGCUGUGGGAGCAGAAGGUGGCCGAGCUCGUUACCACCGGCGAGGAGAUGGCGCACGAGGGUCACUUCGAUGCGAGCAACAUCGAACAGGAAACGAAGAAGCUGCAGGCCCAGUUUGCGGGGCUCCGGAAGCCAGCCCUCCAGCGCCGGGAGGCGCUCGACGAGAGCCUCCGGUUCCACAAGUUUGUGUUCGAGCUCGACACGGAGCUGCAGUGGAUCAACGAGCACCUGCCCGCGGCCAAGUCGGAGGUGAUCGGCCAGAAUCUGCACCAGGCGCAGAGUCUGUCGAAGAAGCACAAAAAGCUCGAGGCCGAAAUCGAGGGCCACCAGCCGAUGAUCAACAAGGAGCUGACGUCGGCCGAGAACCUGAUCAACCAGAGCCACCCGGAGAAGGCACGGGUGCGGGAGCUGUGCGGUGCUCUCGAGCGGGCCUGGGCCGAUCUGCAGGACCAAACGGCGGAACGCUCCCGGAAGCUGGAGCUGUCGCUGAAAGCUCAACAGUACCUGUCGGAGGCGGCCGAAAUCGAGACGUGGCUCGGCGAGCGUAACAAUGUGCUCCGUUCGUCGGACUACGGUCGUGAUCGCGACUCGGCCACGAAACUGCUGACCAAGCACAAGGUAAUCGAACUUGAACUCGACACCUACUCGGGCAUCGUGUCGGAAAUGGGACACACCGCGUCGGCCAUGAUCGCGUCCAAGCACCCGGACAGCAAGGUGAUCGCCGCCAAGCAGCAGCUGAUCGAGAAGAUGCUGAAAUCGUUACAAAAACUCGCCGGCCAGCGGCAGUUGCGGUUGAUGGAGAGCCUCUACCGGCACGAGUACUUUGUCGAGUCGGCCGAGCUGGAGCAGUGGAUCAAGGAGCAGGAGCAGGCCAUCAACUCGGAAGACUACGGGCACGACUACGAGCAUUUGCUGAUCCUGCAAAAUAAGUUCGAUGACCUGAAGCACCGCAUAGAGGUUGGAGCGGAACGCUACAAUCAGUGUGAGAACUUUGCCAAAAAACUGAUCGGCGGCGACAGUCCGUACGUGUCGGAGAUCGAGAAACGCCAGGAGCUGCUAAGCAACGCCUGGCAGCAGCUACUCGAGCAGUUGAGUGCGCGCGAGAAGAAGCUUCAUGCCGCCGGCGAAAUUCAUCGGUUCCACCGUGACGCUGCAGAGGCACUGUUCCGUAUUCAGGAUAAAAAUGCUGCCUUAUCGACCGAGCUGGGCAAGGAUCUCAACUCGGCCCUGGCGCUCGCUCGCAAGCACGAAGCGUUCGAGAACGAACUGGUACCGCUGGAGGCCCAGCUGCAGGUGCUGGUCGAUGACUCGUUGCGUCUGCAGACCAAGUAUCCGGGCGACAAUGCGAAGGCCAUCGCGGCCGAGCAGGAGAACGUGAUCCAAGCGUGGAACGUGCUGAAGGAGAAGUCGGCCCUGCGUAACGAUCAGCUGCACGCGAGCUGUGAUCUGCAGCACUUCCUGACGCAGGUGCGCGACCUGAUGUCGUGGGCGACGAACCUGCGUGCCGCCCUGCAAGCCGAGGAGCACGUGAGCGAUGCGGCCGGAGCGACCGCCCUCAAGAUUCAGCACGAUGCGAUCUACGGUGAGAUCGAGGCGCGCGAGCAAACGUUCCGGGAGCUGAACGAGCUGAGCGAUUCGAUGGUGCAGACCGGUCACUAUGCCGCGACGGAGGUGGAAGAAAAGUGUUCAGCGCUGCUGGACGAGCGGGCCAAGCUGCACUCGGCGUACAACAAGAAGAAGAUACUGCUCGAGCAGAAGAUCGAUCUGUUCUGCUUCAUGCGCGACGCGAAGGUGAUCGACAACAUUUCGAGUGGCCAGGAGGCGACACUGUCGAGCCUCGACUUUGGCAUCACCGUGGAGGUGGUGCAGGAUCAGGUGAAGCGCCACGAGGCGUUCGAGAAGUUGAUUCAGACGCAGGACGAAAAGGUGGCCAUCCUGCAGGACCAUGGCCGCAAGCUGGUGGAACAGAACCACUACGACAGCGAAAACAUUCGGCGGCGGUUGCGCGAGAUCGUCGAGCGGCGGCAGAAGGUGAAGGACCUGUGUGCCAGACGCCGGCAGAAACUGGCGAAUGCGCUACUGUACGCGCAGUUCAUACGCGACUGUGCCGAGGCCGGGGCGUGGAUUAAUGAGAAACAGAAGAAGCUUGAAGCGGACGCGCACAGCUACGCCGGGGCCGGCAACAUGGAGGACAAGGUGAAACGACUGAAGAAGCUGCAGGCGUUCGAUGCGGAGGUGAACGCGAACGAAGGGCGCAUCCGGGAGGUGCGCGACAAGGGCGAGCAGCUGAUUGGCAAGAAGCACGAGUGUGCGGGCGAAAUCCAGGACGAACUGGUCAAGCUGAUGCAAUCGUGGAACGUGCUGUUGAACGAACUGGCAUCGAGAAGCCGCGGCCUGAAAGAAGCCCAGGACAUUCUGGAGUUCAACACGCAUCUCGAUAAGCUCGAGGCGUGGAUCCGCGACAAGGAGAUGAUGAUCCACGCCGGGGACACGGGCCGCGAUCUCGAGCACUGUAACGCGCUCCGCCGCAAACUGGACGAUGUCGAUAGUGAUAUGCGAGUCGACGAUCAGCGCAUCAAGAACAUUAACCAGCUAGCCGAUAAGCUGGUGAGCCAGGAUCAGGUUGAAGGCAAGAACGUGCAGCAGCGGAGGGAGAACUUUAACAGCAAGUGGAAGUCGCUGCAGGGGGCACUGUCGCGGUACCGUGAGUUGUUGGCGGGUGCGUACGAUAUCCACGUGUUCAAUCGCGACGUGGACGAUACGGCGGAGCGGAUCGCGGAGAAGAUGCUGGCGAUGAGCGCGGAGGAUACGGGGCGCGAUCUGAGCGCGGUCGAAGCGCUGAAGCGCAAGCAAGAAGCGAUCGAACGGGACAUGACGGCGGUGGAGCAGAAGAUUCGUGAACACGAGACGGCGGCGGCCACCCUGGCGGACAAGUAUCCGGACAAUGCGAUCAACAUCGUGGAGAAGCUGGACGAGCUGAAACGGCACUGGCAGGAGCUGCAAGGGGCGAGCGUACGGCGCGCGGAAACACUCGGCCAGGGGUACACGGCACACAAGUUUACGGCCGACGUCCGCGAGCUGGAGCUUUGGGCUAACGAUAUGAUCAAGAAGAUGGACUCGGCCGCAGCCCCGGCCACGAUCGCCGACUGUAAGGCACAGAUCGAGCUGCACCACGAGCGGAAGGCCGAGAUCGAUGGGCGGGAUCGUAUUUUCCGCGACCUACAGGAGCACGGCGAACGGCUGGUGGCCGAGCAUCGGGAUCGGGCCACCAAGAACGAGCACGUGGAGCGGGCGUUGCGCAACCUGGAGGACCUGAACAAGCACCUGCACGACUCGUGGAAGGGGCGCAACAGGGGCCUGAAGGAAGCGCACCAGUUGCAGCUGUUUAAGGAGCAGGCGGACCAGAUCGUCGAGUGGCUGACGAACAAGGAAGCGUUCCUGAACAACGACGAUCUGGGCGAAUCGUUCACGGCCGUCGAGGCGCUGAUCAAGAAGCACGAGGCGUUCGAGAAGCUGCUGCACUCGAACCGGAUCGGUGAGCUGGAGCGGUUCGCGGACGAAAUACUGGCCGAGAGCCCGUUCGAGGCGGACGUAAUCAAGCAGCGGCUGUGCGGGGUGAUUAACCGCAAGGAGAAACUGCUCGCUUCGGCCGCGGCCCGUAAGCAGAAGCUACAGGAAAGCCUGCAGCUUCAGCAGUUCCUGCGCGCGCUGUACGAGGUCGAGAAGUGGAUCAACCAGAAGCUGCAGAUCGCGCUGGACGAGAACUACCGCGAGCCGAGCAACCUGCAGAGCAAAAUCCAGAAGCACGCCGCGUUCGAUGCGGAACUGAGCGCCAACUCGGGUCGCGUGACCGCCAUCAUUGAGGGAGGCGAGUCGCUGAUCAACGCCGAACACUACGCCAGCGCGCUAGUGCAGGAACAGCUCGACAUUGUCGAGAGCGAGUGGCACAAGCUGCGGGACGCGUCGCGUGAGAAGAAGGAACGGCUGGCGGAGGCGUACGAGGCGCUGCUGUUCCAGCGGAGCCUGGAGGAUUUCAACAACUGGAUGGACGAGGUCGAAAGCCAGCUGUCAUCGGAGGACUACGGGCGCGACCUAGCGUCGGUGAACAAUCUGCUCAAAAAGCACGACAUGCUCGAGGCGGACGUAGCGCAUCACGCGGACACCGCCGAACAGGUGAAGGCGACCGAUGCUAAGAUGCUGGCGUCCGAUCACUUCCUGAAGGAGGAGCUCCACGAGGGCGCCAUGCUUACCGUGAAGCGCUACCACUCGCUCCACGAGCCGAUGACGAUCCGGCGCGACAAUCUCGAGGACUCGCUGCAGCUGCACCAGUUCUUGCGCGACGCGGAAGACGAGCUGCUGUGGCUGAGCGAGAAAGAGCCACAGGCGGCCUCGAAGGAUCUCGGCAGCAGCCUGACGGCGGUGCAGAGCUUGCAGAAGAAGCACCAGGCACUCGAGGCGGAAGUGCUGAUCCGAGAGCCGCCCAUCUCGGCGCUGGUGCAGCGAGGCCAGCAGAUGAUUCGCGACAACCACUACGCGGUGGAACAGAUCGAGCGCCAGUGUGGGCUGCUGCAGAGCAAGCUGGUCAACCUGCGCAACUUGAGCAACGUGCGCCGGCUGCGGCUGCUCGAUGCCGUCGAAAGCCAGCAGUUCUACGCGGAGGCGAACGAGGCCGAAUUUUGGUUGCGCGAGAAGAAGCCGAUCAUUUCGUCGCACGACUACGGCAAGGACGAGGAUUCGGUGGGCUCGCUGCAGAAGAAGCUGGACGGGCUGCAGCGCGAACUCGGUGCGUUCCGACCGACGGUGGAGAAGAUCGAGAAGCUUGCCGUGGGUCUGCAGGAACGCGGUCACUUCGAUAGCGAGAAGAUCAGGACGAAGAACGACAAGAUCCUGUACCAGUACGCGGAGCUGAACAGGUUGGCGGGCGAGCGGGAGAAGAAGCUGGCCGAGAUGAAGCAGUUGUACGAGUUUGUGCGCGAGAUCGAUGAUCUGCAGGAGUGGAUCGAGGUGCAAAUGACGACGGCCGGUUCGGAGGAGUACGGCACGGACGUGGAGCACGUCGAGCAGCUGACGGUGCAGUUCGAGUCAUUCGUUUCGAACCUCAACUCGAACGAGGCACGCGUGAUGGCAUGCAUUGCGCGUGGUGACGCCCUACUAAACGAGGGCAAUCCGAACCGGGACACGAUCAAGGCGAAGCGGGACGAAACGCGCCAGCUGUGGGACGAGCUGAAGGACCUGGUCGUUGCCCGCCAGGAAGCGCUGGCCGGUGCGCGACAGGUGCACGUGUUCGACAGGACCGCCGAUGAGACGAUCGCGUGGAUCAACGAGAAGAUCACGGCCGUUCUGUCGGAGGACUAUGGGCACGAUCUCGAGACGAUCCAGUCGUUGGUGCGAUCGCACGAAGCGUACGAGGCGGAACUGGUCGCGAUCCGGGAGCAGCUAGAGUCGGUGGUGAACGAGGCGCAAAAGCUCGGCGACACAUACCCCGACGCUAAGGAGCACAUCGAGGUAAAGCGCGACGAAACGAUCGAGAUGUGGUCGGAGCUGAAGGAGAAAACGGUGCAGCGCAAGGAGAAGCUGAUGCAGGCCGAGCAGCUGCAGGCGUACUUCGACGAGUACCGCGAUCUGAUGGCGUGGAUCAACGAGAUGCUGGCGAAGAUCACGGCACCCGACCUGGCGAAGGACGUCGCGGGCGCCGAGGUGCUAAUCGGCAAGAUCAAGGAGCACCGCACCGAGGUGGACGCACGGAACGAAGCGUUCGAGGUGUUCGAUCGUACCGGUCGCAAGCUGAUCCGUGAUGGCCACUUUCUCGCGAACGAGGUGCAGGAGAGGAUCGCGGUGCUCGAGCAGCGGAAGCGCCUGCUGGACACGACCAUCGGGCAGCGGGCCGAGAUGUACGAGCUCAACCUGGACACGCAGCGCUUCCUGAAGGAGGCCGAGGACAUGGAGGGCUGGAUCAUUGGCCGGCAGGUGCAGCUGAAAGAGGCCAAGCUCGGCGACUCCAUCGCACAGGUCGAGGAUCUGCUGCGGAAGCACGAGGAUUUCGAGAAAACGGUCGCCGCCCAGGAGGAGAAGGUGCUGGCCCUGAAGCGGAUCACGCUGCUGGAGCAAAAGUUCAAGCGCCAGCUAGAGGCGGAACAUGCUGCCCGCAUCGCCGAGAAGGAACGCAUCGAGCGGGAACGGCACGAGACGCUCAAACAGAAGGAAGUGCAGCGCAUCACGGAGGAGCGCCGCCGACGGGAACCGGGGGCCGCCGCCGGAAUCAAUGGCUACAACGAGGGAAUGCUAAACACAUCUUCGGGCUCGGCCGCAGCCAGCUCACUGUCGGGCGUCGCUGCCGGCGGACCGGCCGUCGCUCGGAACGACCCUUCCAGCGCCAGUCCACUAUCCACUUCGGCCAGCAGCACGGCCCUCGGUGGCGCCACCGGCAACGAUCAGAACAGUUCGGUGCAAAAAUCGAACUCCUUCGCCACGAUGCUGCAGGAACGGUUGCGCCGCGGCUCGGACAGCAACAUCAAGCGCGCGGAAAGCAUGAAGAUGGGGCAGAAGCCCGUCAAGCGCGCUCCGUCGUUCACCACCCGCCGGCGAGCGCAGAGCUUCCGCAAGAACCAGCGGGCGGGCGCCUCCGAUACGGACAGUUCGCUCCUGCCGCCGGUCGAAGUGCAGGGUGUGCUGGAGCGGAAGCACGAACUCCAGUCCGGUGGCAAGAAGGCACCGGUACGCUCGUGGAAACCCUUCUACACCGUCCUGUGCGGCCAGUUGCUGUGCUUCUUCAAGGACGCGGAAGACUUUGCGAUGCAGAAGGCGGCCACCGCACCGGUCAACAUACUGAACGCCCGGUGCGAACGGGCCGAGGACUACACGAAGAAGAAGAACGUCUUCCGGCUGGUGCUGCUCGACGGCUCCGAGUUCCUGUUUAUGACCAACUCGAAGGAAUCGCUCAGCGAGUGGGUCAACAAAAUCGCCUUCCACGCGGCCCUACCGCCGAACCUGCAGCUCAUGAGCUACGACGAGUCGGUCAAGCAAAACAACAGUGCACCGGAUAUGAAAACGAUCAGCUCAACCCAAUCACCGACGCCGGAGCGUAGCGAUGCCGCUUCGUCGAUCAGUUCACGAACGUCGUCUCCGGACAGUCAGCGGCGCGAUUCGCGCACAUCGCUCAACAGUGCCAAAUCGGGGUCCGGUAGCACCGGUAGCUACCACACGCCGCAGACCAACUUCCUGCAGAAGCAGAAGGAGCUUCGCGAGCUGGAAGUGCAGCAACAGCGCCUGUCCGCGCAGCAUCCACCCAGCCAAGCGCUACCGCCGCCACCAACAUCGCCCGGUCCUGUGCAGGAAGUGUACGGACUGGCCGACAAGCCGCCGAUCCCACCGCGCGGUGUGCCGCCGCCGGUGCCGCAACGUCAGUCGAGCACCGAGAACGUGCUGAACAACAACGGGGCCGUUCAGAUGCGCUCGAAAACGGGUGCCACCGGUAGUCCGAACGGAAGUGACUACGACAAUGGCAACUUCACCAACCGACCGUACUCGCUGCAGCCGGGCACCAUGUUCAACAGCGGCAAGUCCGCCAAUCCGCCGCAGUCGCAGCUGGCAUCACAGAAUGGUAACGGCAGUGGCGAAGAAGUGUGGCUACGCCACAGUGACAUUCGCUCAUCAGGCUGGGGCCAAUCGAGAUUCGAUGCUUCGCGGCCAACAUCCCUACCGCCACCGGGUGCGGUCUCGACGAUCGGUGGUGCUGGUCAGGACUUUGGCCAGUUCGGCGGAUCGGGCAGCACAGCUGGAUCCGGCAGCGGCGGUCGUCACCAGUCGGCCGAAAGCUCCAGCGAAAGCGAGGCCAGCUUCAUCAAGGGCGGCACCGGAAAGGAUGCGUCCGGCAAGGACAAGAAGGGCGUGUUUAGAAUAUUUUCAAAGAAGAAGUCGAAAAAUUCCAGUUAAUAAGACGUUAGUAAAGGUUCGUCGAAAGCGGUGUAGUGCGAGAACUGCGAACGGUCUUGUUUUUUUUUUAAUUUACAUUUUACACAAUAACACUACGAUAAGUAUGUAUAGUAUGUUAUUCUGAUUUUGCUUUCGUUUUAUAUAAAGUAUUUUUUGGUACGCGCAUUUUGUUGAUACGAGCACCGGUUAGAUAACCUUUUUGGCAGGGACGGGCAAAUUCCGAAGGCAUGCGUGCGCCCCAGCAGCAGCGUGUUAGGCAGCUUUUUACGAUUUUGUUCCAUAAUCUCGUCGCGUUUACUUUUUUACCUUGCUUUGGUUUCACUUUUGCGUGUUUUUUAUUGUGUAAGCAGAGUAAAGCGUGUCUCUCCAAGAAGGGCACGCAAGAACAUAACUGUUACAUAUUCGAUGUAGUUUCGGUACGAUCCGAGCGCGGAUGGCGAAAUAGUUUCUAGUGGUACACACGAAAUCCUAGGGUUAGUUGAGUAGCGUUAAGUGUCCUUAUUUUUGCAUGUAUUGUUUAGUAGUACGUUAAUGAAAGAAUGUAAUGAAAAGAUAAUAA